UCUGCUUUCACUUGGCGCGGACGACAGGAGUAGCAGACAACGAGAUUUGUUCAGUUUCACUCCGACCGCCGCUGUGUGACCGCAUCCGUGUGCCUCGGCCUGUGCAUGUGAGCGCUAAUUCAGUGUGCGGACUCUAGAACGGCGUUGUGUCCGCCAUGGUGGAAUGUGUAAGCAACGGCAGUGCCCCAUGCGUGGUCAUGCGGCGAACACUAAGCAUGGCAAAUGUGCAGCAUGCUCAGGAGAUCGAAAAGAAAGAACGCCGCCUCGCACCUGAUUGUCCAAUCCACAGACCUCAGGAUUCUCUGCUCAGCGGAUCACGAGGAUGGACAAACUACCGAGGAUUGUUCAACUUCUGUAUCAUCUUGCUGAUUCUGUCCAAUGGCAGGGUCGCCCUAGAAAAUUUAAUCAAGUAUGGCAUUUUGGUCGACCCAGUGAAGUGGAUACGUGUGCUGCUGCUUGACCCUGGAUCGUGGCCACCUGUCUAUAUUACUUUUGGGUUAAACUUCUGCAUUCUCUUUUCUCUCUGGAUUGAGAAACUGAUUGCUGCUGGAAGGAUUUCAGAUGGGAUUGCUCGCAACUUGCAAGUGAUCAACUUCUUCCUCAUCUUGCUUGUUCCACCUAUGGUAGUCUUAAAGUGGAAUUGUAAUCCUGUAACGUCUUCAAUGGCACUGGCAUGUGCUACAGUCCUCUUCCUCAAAUUGGUGUCCUAUCAUAUGGUGAACCUCUGGUGUCGUCAACAGACAGCAGCACUCAAGCGCUUGAAGCGCAGAUCUUCUUCAGAGUCCCUGUUCAAGCCAUCCAAUGGACACUACCAACCCACAAAUGGACACAAGAAGCCAGUCUACGUUACAUAUCCUGACAAUCUAAACUUGAAUGACAUCUACUAUUUCGUGUUUGUGCCUACGCUCUGCUACGAGCUGAACUUUCCACGGUCAGCUCGCAUUCGCAAGAGGUUUCUUUUUAGGAGGUUCCUUGAAUCUCUUCUUCUUCUGCAAUUAAUAUUGGCACUUGCUCAGCAAUGGAUUGUGCCAAUUAUGAAGAACUCUCUGAAGCCAUUUCAGGAGAUGAAUUUUCCGGCCAUGCUUGAACGACUACUCAAGUUAGCGGUUCCAAACAUUUUGAUCUGGCUGGUGAUGUUUUACUGGUUUUUCCACUCAACUCUCAACACCCUAGCAGAGCUAAUGAGGUUUGCUGAUAGGGAGUUCUACAGAGACUGGUGGAAUGCAGAAACAGUACAGUACUUCUGGCAGAACUGGAACAUUCCAGUUCACAGAUGGUGCUUGCGACAUCUGUACAAGCCACUUAUUGCAAUGGGGAUGUCAAAGCAGCUGGCCUGCAUCCAUGUGUUUCUCCUCUCUGCCUUUUUCCACGAGUACCUGGUGAGUGUGCCGCUAAAGAUGUUUCGUGUGUGGGCCUUCUCGGGAAUGCUAGCACAAGUGCCUUUUGCAUUCUUCAUCGAUAGCUGCCUACAGAACCGUUACCGCAAUUUGGGCAACAUGGCAGUCUGGAUGUCUCUAAUGAUAGGCCAGCCACUCGCCAUUCUCAUGUAUUACCACGACUACUACAUCAUCAACUACGGCUCCAACGAAUCUACAUAGUUGCAGCACAGUCUUCCAAGCUGCGCGGGACGCAGACGGCCAUGACUCCCCACAAUCUCCCCAACAUGACUAACAGUGACAAUAGAACUAAGCACUGUUAUGGCAGACAUGGCAUGCACAUGCACAUGUACAUGCAGGAUUCAACAUAGUAUCUGUUAUCUUUUUCUGCAAUAUGUGCUGAUUGAGUGAGAAAAAUGUACUUUACCUUAGUUUCUCUUACCGACGAAAUAUUACCAUUUUUAUGUGAUAAGUCCACAAUGAAGCGCAUUGGAUGUUGGUGUACAAGGAUGUUUUUUGCCUAUGUUUCUGCACACUUUACAAUACCUUUGACACUGUGAAGUAUUUUUGUGAUUGUGUUGUAUAUUUUUGCUGUUAUAAAUACUACACAUAUGUUAUGUACCCUAAGUUUGUAUCUGUUUAUGACUUUUAGUGUCUGUUUCGGGUGACGAGGCAUAACAGUGAGCUCCGCCGAUACCAUCAUAGAAGGCUUAUGUAAGCUGUGUGAAUAUAGUAGAGAUGGUAUAUUUAUCUCAAGUGCAAAACUUAUUCUAUAUACUUUGUGAAGUUGAAACUGUAUGCACACUAAGUGCAGAGAUCUCAUGAAGCUCUUUACUUGAAAAAUAGCUUGUAGCUGCAGAUAACAGUGUGGGUUCUGAAGUGCUUUGGUGUAUUAAAAUUUUACCCUUGCUCAAGUAAGGUACGACCGAAAAAAGAUUAUGUUGCAUACACAUAUCACAGUGUACGUAAGUUUCCGUUAAGUUAGCAACUACAGAAUACUAGCAGUUGAACAUCGAGAGUAACUGUGCACUUCCUCUGGAAAGUGUUUCUACUGGUUCAACCUGUAACUAUACUAAAAUGGUCAAGUCAUUAAUGACGACAAGUGAUGCCGGUCACUAUAUCAGUCAGUCGUUUCAGGAUAGCAUUGAGCUGCGAAUUGUAGAGGCCACAACACAGCUUGUCGAGUUAUCUCCCCUCAGCUUUUGUCCCUCGCUUCUCUUUCUCCAUGUUUGAAAGUGAACAGUUUUGCAUGCAUCAGAACGUUCACGAUAUGCACAUCUCAGUUUGCACUGCCAUAUGUGAAAAAGGGUUCCUACGUGCUCCCCCAUUUUUCUUGAGUGUAUGCACAUAUACCAGAGUACAAAAUCUAGUCUUGUGUCUUGGUAACACAUCAAGGAAAAGUCAGGGUGCCUUCUUAAAGGUUGAAUGUGUCAGAACACAUAUUGUGUAUGGUGAUGCUUGUAAAUAUGCUGUAUUCUGUAAAUGAGGCAUCUUGCACAUGUGAUUACUAUAAAUGUAUUUUGUUAAUGCAAUAUAUAUAGUGCCAAUAAAACAAAAUUUAGCACAUCUUA